UCAGAGGACGCUGUCAGGAGAGAGUCUCCAAAGGCCGACGGCCACCGAGUUGCUUGUCACUAGAAGGCUUCGGAGACAAGGAGAGCAAGGAAACCACCUCAAAGUUUGUCUGGAAAGCUUGUCAUCCAUUGGAUUACUGCUUGGAAUCAAGCCAGGAAAAGGGAUAUGAGGCGUUUGGAAGAUUGCUCUAGUUGAGGAGCUCGUAGGAGGGAGGAGGCUAACAGAAAGAGGAUGGGCUGAGUCUCUUGGUGCAUUGUAGGAUGGCGUCAGCUCUGUCCUGGUUCUACUUUAUUCUUUGGAUAGACAAUGCUCUGGGAAAUCUUGAAGAUGCGGAAAGCCUCUACUCCAGGAAUAUCAGCCGGAUCCUGGACAAUCUGCUUGAAGGCUAUGACAAUCGAUUGCGGCCAGGAUUUGGAGGUGCUGUGACAGAAGUCAAAACAGACAUUUAUGUGACCAGUUUUGGGCCUGUGUCAGAUGUGGAGAUGGAGUAUACAAUGGAUGUUUUCUUUCGCCAAACUUGGACUGAUGAGAGGUUGAAGUUUGGGGGACCAACUGAGAUUCUGAGUUUGAAUAACCUGAUGGUCAGUAAAAUAUGGACACCUGACACCUUUUUCAGGAAUGGCAAAAAGUCAAUUGCGCAUAAUAUGACAACUCCCAAUAAACUCUUCAGAAUAAUGCAGAAUGGAACCAUUCUGUAUACGAUGAGGCUUACCAUCAAUGCCGACUGUCCCAUGAGGCUGGUUAACUUCCCUAUGGAUGGGCAUGCUUGUCCACUCAAGUUCGGCAGCUAUGCUUACCCUAAAAGUGAAAUCAUCUAUACAUGGAAAAAGGGACCACUCUACUCAGUCGAAGUUCCUGAAGAGUCUUCAAGCCUCCUUCAGUAUGAUCUGAUUGGACAAACAGUCUCCAGUGAGACAAUCAAAUCUAACACGGGUGAAUAUGUAAUAAUGACCGUCUAUUUCCACUUGCAAAGGAAGAUGGGCUACUUCAUGAUACAAAUAUACACUCCGUGCAUCAUGACAGUCAUUCUUUCCCAGGUGUCUUUCUGGAUUAAUAAGGAGUCUGUCCCAGCAAGAACUGUCUUUGGGAUCACGACUGUUUUAACCAUGACUACUUUGAGCAUCAGCGCCAGGCACUCCUUGCCAAAAGUGUCCUAUGCGACCGCCAUGGAUUGGUUUAUAGCUGUAUGCUUUGCUUUUGUCUUCUCUGCGCUCAUUGAAUUUGCAGCUGUCAACUACUUUACGAAUCUUCAGACACAGAAGGCCGAAAGGAGGGCACAGGUUGCAGCCCCAGCCCCAGUGACGAUAUCAAAAGCAACGGAACCCUUCGAAGAUGAGAUGGUUUUGCAUUCGGAUUCCAAGUACCAUCUGAAGAAAAGGAUCACCUCUUUGACUUUACCAAUAGUUUCAUCUCCUGAAGCCAGUAAAGUUCUUACUAGAGUGCCUAAUUUACAUACACCUACCACGCCCCCAUCACUCUCCCCAACCUUUGGAGGCACCAGUAAAAUUGACCAGUAUUCCCGAAUUCUCUUCCCAGUUGCAUUUGCAGGAUUCAACCUUGUAUACUGGAUAGUUUAUCUUUCUAAAGACACAAUGGAAGUGAGCAGUAGUGUUGAAUAGCAUGAAGCCAGGGCAAGUCACACCAGUUCUUAUUCUCUACAGAAUUGUUGUUUGUUUGUUUUUAAAAAGGCAUUGAAAUUAGUUUAAAUUCUUUUAAACCCAUGAUAUCAAAAUGGAAAAUUCGUACCAAAUAGCCUUGAGUACACAUGAAUGGGUGAAAAGGCAAUAACAUUUUCUCUUUAAAACUGAAAGUUGAAGAUUUCUGGAAAAUAUGAGUUUUCUACACAUUAAAGAAAAAUCUUCCAUGUAAAGGAAACAGAAAAUUCAUGAUGAGUUUGCCAAUCUUUGUCCAUCAUUGCAACAUUUGUCACAUUGCACUGGAAUAAGAAAUUCUUACAUUUCCAAAUUCUAAGAGAUCAAAAUUAAAAUACAAUCUAAAUAUUUAUCAGUAGGCUAAUGUAGCAUGUUGGAGGCCUUUUUUAGUCAAGUGGCUUUCAAUCACAUUUAAAACCUAUAUUAAGCUUAGCCAUUUGUUUUUUACCCUUGCUGUCUCUUUUACCUCAAUAAAUUAUGGUGUUUGUAUACAUAUGAAUUAUAAAUAGAUGAUAAAUUAUAUAUGCAUAUGUAUAUAGCUUUACUUGGGCUGCAAUAGAAUGUUGCUUUAUUUUGUUAAAUUCUCCUUUAAAGUACUUGUAAUAUACUUAGCAUAAUUCAAAGAAGUAGAAAAAAUAGUGAUUUAAAUGAAACCUUGCAUAUUAAGAUUGGAGUUAUUGCUGUCAUAUUUUCACCUUCCUACGGAUAAAGCUAAAUAAAUCAACAGUGAACGUGAUUGUUUGGACUUAUUAAUAAAACUUGGUAAAAGAA